AUGAGCAAAUUCGUGAUUUUGGUGUCCGGACAGCGACAAUGUGCUAAUUUAAACCAACAAUGCGGUGGUUUUGCGGGCACCCAAUGCUGUGAGGGUGAGGGCGAGUGUCUAAUCGACAAUCAAAAUGGUAUGAUUUCAGACGCGGCCGGCGUUUGCUCUAACGGUGCGCUUACCGACGGUAAAAGCAAUGGCGGGGACGUGACGUGUGUCCCAUUCAAAGGCAUUUGUGGCGGUUUUGCGGGCGCGCAGUGUUGUGUUGGUAUGCAUUGUCAGUACGAACAGCACAGCGAUGCCGGCCGUUGUGUCCCCGGAAAGAACCCAAACCUUGGCGACCAAAUUGAUAGCCCUAAAGGUGGCCAAACUUCCUGUCCUAUCACUGGAUUCUUUGGUAGAAUCCGACGUUAUGUUGCGGGACAGCGACAGUGCGCUAACCUAACCCAGACGUGCGGUGGCUUUAUAGGGACGGCAUGUUGUGAGGGUCAGGGAUGGUGUCGUUUGAACGAUAACGGCGGCACCAUUAAGGACGCCACCGGAGUUUGCGUUGGAGGUCUGGCCUGUGUUAACAGGAACGGCAUAUGCGGGGGCUUUGCGGGCGCCCAGUGUUGUGGUCGACUCCGGUGCCAGUACUUUGCCGGUAGCGACGCCGGCAAAUGUUUAAACAUUGCGGGACAGCGACAGUGCGCUAACCUAACCCAGACAUGCGGCGGCUUUAUUGGGACGGCGUGUUGUGAGGGUCAGGGAUCGUGUCGUUUGAACGAUAACGGCGGCACCAUUUCGGACGCACAGGGAGUUUGCGUCGGCGGUACCGGAGGUUUGGCCUGUAUUAACAGAAACGGCUUAUGCGGGGGUUUCGCUAACGCUCAGUGUUGUGGUGGACUCCGAUGUCAGUACAUGCAGGGCAGCGACGCCGGCAAAUUGAAGACGAAUUGA